CGGGUGCCCCGCUCGGCGGUGUGCGCGGCCGGCAUCCUCCUCUCGCUCUACGCCUGGCACCUGGAGCGCGAGAAAGGCCGCGACGCCCGCUACCAGGCGCUGUGCGACCUCGGCGAGCGCGUCCGCUGCUCCGCCGCCAUCGCCUCCAGAUGGGGUCGAGGAUUUGGUCUGUUGGGUUCCAUCUUUGGAAAGGACAGUGCAAUAAAUCAGCCAAACAGUGUCUAUGGACUUUUAUUUUAUAUACUACAAUUGUUACUUGGUAUGACAGCAAGUGCAGUAGCAGCUCUAAUCCUCAUGACAUCCUCCAUAGUGUCUGUAGUAGGGUCUUUAUACUUGGCAUACAUUCUGUACUUCGUUCUGAAGGAAUUUUGCAUUGUCUGCGUCAUCACAUAUUUGCUGAACUUCAUUCUCUUUAUCAUCAACUACAAACGACUAGUUUACUUGAAUGAGGCCUGGAAACGGCAACUCCAACCUAAACAGGAAUAACACUUGUUUGAACUUUUGACUGACAGUCUGAAGACCUGACUUCCAUUAAGUUUAUUUUGCAGUAAUUUUUUAUUCAUAUCAGACACUUCCCCCUCCCCACCACAGAAUCAUAACUGAGUUUUUUAAUUACUGUAAAUUGGAAGGGGCCCUAGAUAAUUUCUGUGCUAAUCUUCAAUUUAAAGAUGGUUGCAAAACACGAAAGCUCAAAUACAAUCAAAGACAAGCUUUAACUUUACUUUGAGGAAGUUUCUUAGCCACAAAAUGUAGAUUUUCCACCCCCUCCACUUGUAAAGUGGGUUACACUUGGUAGAAGAAUAUCCUUUGUGUAUAAAUUCAGUUUCAGAUAUAACAAGAUGUGAUCAUGACACUUAAAUAUUCUAGAAUAGAGGUACUGUAUUUAAUGUUGCCAUGUUUACAGUAUGUGCAUUAUUACAUUUUUAGCUGAUGGACUUGACACAGACAUUUGACUAGAACAAUUGUACUGUAAAUAAAACUAGAAAUAUUGGAACCAUCCCUGCAAAACUGUCAUUGUACAGUCAGGUUUGUUAGCAUAGCAACUUGGAGAAUAUUCAACUUUAUAGUUGAUUGGAAUAAUGGCAGGAUUAAGCCAAUGUAGAAAACAUCUUAUGAGAAAUGGUAGUAGUAGUGAGUGCAGCAACAGAAGUGGACGUUCAGUUUUUUGGUCCCUUUUUUGGUCCCCAUUAGUGAAAAUGGAGUUGCGAUGGCUAUUAUGCAUGCUCUAUAAUAACCUGCCGUUGGAUAUUAAUGCAAGGGGGUGGGAGGGGUGAGAUGCUGAAAUUGGAGAGAUCUCUUAAAAUAGUUGAAUUUUUAUUCUGAUCUGCAUUUUAGUUUUAAACAAGUGUUAAAGCCAAACAGUGUUACCAAUAUUAAUCUGGCAUUAUGCUGAGAGCUGCAUAAUGAAAUUGCAAUUUGUAGUGGACUGGUGACCUACUGGAUUAGCCAAGUAAUACUCUGAACAAGCAGACACUUGGUUGAUCUUGUCCAGGAUCUUUGGUUUGUGCUAUAUUUAGAAAUGAACUUUAGGACUGACACGUAUUGCCCUUCUAAGGGGCCUUAUCUGUAAAGCGGGGUAAGUAGGUAAAUGUGCUCUUGAGACUGAAACGGCUCUUUCAUUGCUCUUUCAAAAACAAAACAAAACACAAACGUUUUAAUUUUUUAAACUGCAAAUCUGAACCGAUGGAAACAAAAUCGCAAAAGAUGUUUCUACACUCGCUAUCCUAGAAUGGAAUGAUAAAAGUGCCUUCUGUCUUAAAAUAUUAAACCAAAUAGUUUGUGUGUUAAACUUGGCAGGCAGAAGUGUCCUUGCUUUUUAAAAAAAAAAAAAAAA